AUGCAGCUGCGUGUGAUCCUCUGUGGAUUAUUCCAUCUGUCCGCUGUGAUCUGGGCUGGAGCAGUUAAACAGGACACUGGUGUCAGAUCCGUCUCUGUCGGGGAAAAUGUGACUCUGCAAUGCUUCUAUGAAAACGUGAUGGCGAUGCACUUCUCCUGGUACCAGCAGCCUCUUGGAGGAAGACCUGAGCUCCUGUCUUUCUUUUACAAAUACGAUGACCCAUCUAAAGUGGACCACUGGUUGCAGAAGAAACCCCGAUUCUCUCUGCAGAGGGAGGAAGGCAUCAACCACUUACACAUCUCUGAUGUGCAGCUUUCAGAUUCAGCCACUUAUUUCUGUGGAAGCUCGCACUCCAACAUGGUGGAAUUUGGGGAUGGCCUCUUUCUGAGCGUUGAAGAAAAGAGCCCCACAGAAAUCAUCAUCCAGGAACCGACGUCAGAGACCAUCCAGCCUGGAGGCUCCAUCACCUUCAGCUGUACCGUUCAUUCAGGGAACUGUGGGGAAGCACAAACUGUCUGCUGGUUCAGACGUGGCUCUCAACCGGGGGUCCUCCACACACAGAGAAAAGACUGCAGACCUGUCGCUGCUCCAGGGCCUCCUUCACAGAGCUGCACCUACAGUUUGCAGAAGAAAGACCUGAACUCCUCUGAUGCUGGAACCUACUUCUGUGCUGUGGCCUCUUGUGGGAAAAUGCUGCUUGGCAGUGGAACCAAGCUGAUCAUGACAAAUCAAACUGAAGGCCAAGCAGCUCAGAUUAAAGUGUUAGUCCAGCUGUCUGUCAUCAGAACCGGGGUUCUUCUGCUCUUUAUCCUCAGUUGUGUGCUCUUUGUAAGAAAAAGUGAUGCAAGUCCAUGAGAUCGAAUGCAAAUUUCUGACAUUUGGGGGUUGACAAAAUGUAAAAGUUUCAUUGUAACUCAAAUAUUAGCAAACUGUCAAAGCUUAAUUCAUCAUUAUGCAACUUGAUUCUGUUGUAACAUUUCAUCAAAGCUCUUAUAUAUUCAUGCUCUAUUGUUUUCUGUGACUUUAAAGAGCAAAGGUUUCUACAAUACAAUUGAAUCAAAGAGCUUAAUAAAAAGAAAGAUUCUG